AAGGAGGCAGACUCGAGAGCCAUGGAGAGCCAGAGGGAUCGCUCUUCCCUGGGGUGGUGGUCGCUGGUGCUACUGCUGCUGGGCCUGUUGGUCCCCCCGGCUACCACCCAGGUCUUCAGCUACCAGGAGGCAGUGCUCCGUGCCGUGGAUGGCCUCAACCAGCGGUCCCCAGAUGCUAAUCUCUACCGUCUCCUGGAGCUGGACCAGAAACUCCAGGGAGAUGAUGACCCAAACACCCCAAAGCCUGUGAGCUUCCUGGUGAAGGAGACUGUGUGCCCUUGGACGACACAGCAGCCACCCGAGCAGUGUGACUUUAAGGAGAAUGGGCUGGUGAAACAGUGUGUGGGGACAGUGACCCUGGACCAGAUGAGGGGCUCUUUUGACAUUAGCUGCGAUGAGCCUCAAAGUGUCAAGCUAUUUGGAAAAGUGGGUGAUUUCCUUAAAAGAGGUGGGCAGAAGAUUGGUGAAAAGAUUGAGAAAAUUGGCAAGAGGAUCAAGGAUUUUUUCCAAAACCUUAAGCCCAGGGAAGAGGCCUAAGGUCUGUUUUGCCCUGGCUCAGACUUCUGAAAUCUGAAAAAUAAAUUCUUGUGAAAGCAA